UCAGCGCCUGCCGCGGCCGGCGAGACCCUGCUGGCGGAGCAGCGGUGGUCCCCGAGUCAACUUUCAACCCCCUCCUCCCCCUCUGCUUCUGCCUCGCCAUCCUCCUCUCCGCGAAAGAUGGCUGUUUGGAGAAGGGGGAGAAGUUAGGGGGUCGCCGGCGCGGGGCGAAGGAGGGCGCGACAGCCUCAGCAGAGCGGGCGGAGGUCUCUCUUCUGUCAGCCCCUCGUGGACUGACACCGCCGGCUGAAGGAAGGCUGUGACUCUAGUCUCGAAUCCUCUAUCUCCCUGAUUCCCAUAAUGAGUUCGCCAGUGCCUCCAGAUGGGGUGGCUGGACGAGAGCAGCUCUUGGCUCAGCAGAGAAUGCACAGUAUGAUCAGCUCAGUGGAUGUAAAGUCGGAGGUCCCUGUGGGCCUGGAGCCCAUCUCACCUUUGGACCUAAGGACAGACCUCAGGAUGAUGAUGCCUGUGGUGGACCCUGUUGUCCGUGAGAAGCAGUUGCAGCAAGAAUUACUCCUCAUUCAGCAACAGCAGCAAAUACAGAAGCAGCUCCUGAUUGCAGAGUUUCAGAAGCAGCAUGAGAACUUGACACGGCAGCACCAGGCUCAGCUUCAGGAGCACAUCAAGUUGCAACAGGAACUUCUAGCCAUAAAACAGCAACAAGAACUCCUCGAAAAGGAGCAGAAACUGGAGCAGCAGAGGCAAGAACAGGAAGUAGAAAGGCAUCGCAGAGAACAGCAGCUUCCUCCUCUCAGAGGCAAAGAUAGAGGACGAGAAAGGGCAGUGGCAAGUACAGAGGUAAAGCAGAAGCUUCAAGAAUUCCUGUUGAGUAAAUCAGCAACAAAAGACACUCCAACCAAUGGAAAAAAUCAUUCCGGGAGCCGCCAUCCCAAGCUCUGGUACACGGCUGCCCACCACACAUCACUGGAUCAAAGCUCUCCUCCCUUGAGUGGAACAUCUCCAUCCUACAAAUACACAUUACCAGGAGCACAGGAUGUGAAGGAUGAUUUCCCUCUUCGAAAAACUGCUUCUGAGCCCAACUUGAAGGUGCGGUCCAGGUUAAAACAGAAAGUGGCAGAGAGGAGAAGCAGCCCCUUACUCAGGCGGAAGGAUGGAAAUGUUGUCACUUCAUUCAAGAAGCGAAUGUUUGAGGUGACAGAAUCCUCAGUCAGUAGCAGCUCUCCAGGAUCUGGUCCCAGUUCACCAAACAACGGGCCAACUGGAAAUGCUACUGAAAAUGAGACUUCAGUUUUGCCACCCACUCCUCAUGCUGAGAAAAUGGCUUCACAACAACCUAUCCUAAUUCACGAAGAUUCCAUGAACCUGCUAAGUCUUUACACGUCUCCCUCUUUGCCCAACAUUACAUUGGGACUCCCAGCAGUGCCAGCCCAGCUCAAUGCUUCGAGUUCACUCAAAGAAAAACAGAAGUGUGAGACACAGACGCUCAGGCAAGGCAUCCCUCUGCCUGGGCAGUUUGCGGGCAGCGUCACGUCAUCGUCCAGCCAUGCCCAUGUUGCUCUAGAGGGAAAGCCCAACAGCAGCCACCAAGCUCUCCUGCAGCAUUUAUUAUUGAAAGAACAAAUGCGACAGCAAAAGCUUCUUGUGGCUGGCGGGGUUCCCUUACAUCCUCAGUCUCCCUUGGCAACAAAAGAGAGAAUUUCACCUGGCAUUAGAGGUACCCACAAAUUACCCCGUCACAGACCCCUGAAUCGAACCCAGUCUGCUCCUCUGCCUCAGAGCACGUUGGCUCAGCUGGUCAUUCAGCAGCAGCACCAGCAAUUCUUGGAGAAGCAGAAGCGAUACCAGCAGCAGAUCCACAUGAACAAACUGCUUUCGAAAUCUAUUGAACAACUGAAGCAACCAGGCAGUCACCUGGAGGAAGCCGAGGAAGAGCUUCAGGGGGACCAGGCGAUGCAGGAAGACAGAGCGCCCUCUAGUGGCAACAGCACUAGGAGCGACAGCAGUGCUUGUGUGGAUGACACAUUGGGACAAGUUGGGGCUGUGAAGGUCAAGGAGGAACCAGUGGACAGUGAUGAAGAUGCUCAGAUCCAGGAAAUGGAAUCUGGGGAGCAGGCUGCUUUUAUGCAACAGCCCUUUCUGGAGCCCCAGCACGCACGUGCGCUCUCGGUGCGCCAAGCUCAGCUGGCUGUGGUUGGCAUGGAUGGAUUAGAGAAACACCGCCUUGUCUCCAGAACUCAUUCCUCCCCUGCUGCCUCCAUUUUACCUCAUCCAGCAAUGGACUGCCCCCUCCAGCCUGGCUCUGCAACUGGAAUUGCCUAUGACCCUCUGAUGCUGAAACACCAGUGCAUCUGUGGCAGUUCCACCACCCACCCUGAGCAUGCUGGACGAAUACAGAGCAUCUGGUCACGGCUGCAAGAAACUGGGCUGCUAAGUAAAUGUGAGCGAAUUCAAGGUCGAAAAGCCAGCCUAGAGGAAAUACAGCUUGUUCAUUCCGAACAUCACUCUCUGUUGUAUGGCACCAACCCCCUGGAUGGACAGAAGCUGGACCCCAGGACACUCUUAGGUGACACCUCUCAAAAGUUUUUUUCUUCAUUACCUUGUGGUGGACUUGGGGUGGACAGUGACACCGUUUGGAACGAGCUGCACUCGUCCGGUGCUGCACGCAUGGCUGUGGGCUGUGUCAUCGAGCUGGCUUCCAAAGUGGCCUCUGGAGAGCUGAAGAAUGGGUUUGCUGUUGUAAGGCCCCCAGGCCAUCAUGCUGAGGAAUCCACAGCCAUGGGGUUCUGCUUUUUUAAUUCAGUUGCAAUUACCGCCAAAUACUUGAGAGACCAACUAAAUAUAAGCAAGAUAUUGAUUGUAGAUCUGGAUGUUCACCAUGGAAAUGGUACACAGCAGGCCUUUUAUGCUGACCCCAGCAUCCUGUAUAUUUCACUCCAUCGCUAUGAUGAAGGGAACUUUUUCCCUGGCAGUGGAGCCCCAAAUGAGGUUGGAACAGGCCUUGGAGAAGGAUUCAAUAUAAAUAUUGCCUGGACAGGUGGCCUGAAUCCUCCCAUGGGAGACACUGAGUACCUUGAAGCAUUCAGGACUGUGGUGACGCCUGUGGCCAAAGAGUUUGAUCCAGACGUGGUCCUAGUUUCCGCUGGAUUUGAUGCAUUAGAAGGCCAUGCCCCACCUCUGGGAGGUUACAAAGUGACAGCAAAAUGCUUUGGUCAUUUGAUGAAGCAAUUGAUGACAUUGGCUGAUGGACAUGUGGUUUUGGCUCUAGAAGGAGGACAUGAUCUUACAGCCAUCUGCGAUGCAUCAGAAGCCUGUGUAAAUGCCCUUCUAGGAAAUGAGCUGGAGCCACUUGCAGAAGAUAUUCUCCACCAAACCCCGAAUAAGAAUGCUGUUAUUUCUUUACAGAAGAUCAUUGAAAUUCAAAGCAAGUACUGGAAGUCGGUAAGGAUGGUGAGUGUGCCAAGGGGCUGUGCUCUGUCUGGGGCUCAGCUGCAAGAGGAGACAGAGACUGUUUCUGCCCUGGCCUCCCUCACAGUGGAUGUGGAACAGCCCUUUGCUCGAGAAGACAGCAGGUAUGGAUCGAACGUGGGGGAAUCAUUAAGAACUUCUGGUGAGCCUAUGGAAGAGGAGCCAGCCUUGUGAAGUGCCAAGUUACCCACCCCCCAUAUUUCCUGUAUGUGACAUCAUUGUGUAUCCCCCCACCCAGCACCCUCAGACAUGUCUUGUCUGCUACCUGGGUGGCACAGAUUCUAUGGAACAUAAACACUGGGCACAAAAUUCUGAACAGCGGCUUCACUUGUUCUUUGGAUGGACUUGAAAGGGCAUUAAAGAUUCCUUAAACGUAACCGCUAUGAUUCUAAAGUUACAGUAAACCAUGAUUGGAAGAAACUGCUUCCAGUGUGCUCUGAAUAUGUUGGGGUGACCUACUCAAAGGCCCAAAGUAUGAACUAGAAACAUCCAAGACAGCAUUAGAUAUUGUUAAUUACAGAUGCUAUGACAGCCAGCAAAAUUGGGGGCAAAACCUGAGAAAUACUCAUUUCCGACGUUCUGGUCAGUUUGUUACUGGGUAAUUUUUUUGUCAGACAGUCUUCAAUUGUUUACAGGAUUUGCUUUCAGCUAUGAGUGGAUAGCAGUUCCUGACAGAUCCUAGGGGUCUUUUUUGUUUGUUUGUUUUGUUUCUUGGCCUUUGUUUUAACACAUGGUUCAACUCUUGCUAGUUAGAGUUCAACAUGGAGGAACUAGGAUGAGGCUUUUUUCAAUUGCAUAAGCCAUGCUCUAUCUCCAAGUACAAAUGCCAAAGGAACCUUACAAACUGUAUGCAAUGGUGCAAUAUUUUAUGCCACAUUUUUUGAGAAAAAUUACCCUCUUCCCCUGACAUCCCUCUCCGAGUCCCACACGUGGGAGAUCUGCAGUCGCACUUGAGGAUGAGGUCUCCCUUCCCCCUCAGGCAUCCCUUGCCCUGAUGACGGUAGCUCUGAGCAUAUGUUCCAUGGAAGAUUUUCAGUGCUUUUCAAAGAUGGUCUUAAUCCGUUCCAAAUCUAUCAAGAAGUUAUUCUCUCACUUUUCUUUUGCCACCCUCCACCAUUUCCUGUCUUCUUGCCUUUCAUCCUUCCUUCCUAUAAAAAAGCUAAAGAUUACCCAUAAUCUCCCCAAAUUACUCAGGAGCUCUGAACAUUUAUUUUUUACUUUUCAGGUUAACACAGUUGCGUGAUAUGAUAUAUUCGGUUAGCUGUGAAACUAUUAAAGUGAAUAUGGCUUAAGCAAUGUUACUGAAUUUUCUAGAUCUUUGAAAUGUGUUAAUGAAGGCAUUGCCUAUUUGAAGUCACCUUGAAAUAAGUUGACCUUGAAGUUGUGCCUUCAUCUGGAAAAAAAAACCUUAACCUUUAACCUUAGUGUCAAAAGCCAAAAAUAAGAGACAUUUAUUUCUGAGAUUAUAACCAAUUUACUGAAUAUAGUAGGUUAUCUGCCUACUUCCCAAAAUUCUAUUUCAGUGUAUAACUCAAACACCUGAAGACAUUGAUGUAGGAUACUUUCAGUAUUUAGUAUCUGACAAUGCUUUUUAGAGUGUUAAUGUUUCUUUACAUAUAUUUUCCUAACUAACUCAAAGAAUAUAUUAAAGCCAUAAGUGAAGACUGUCAUGCUUUUAUUCAGAAAUCUGAAAGAAACCUUAAUUAAAACAAGGUUUUAGGGAAGGCCUUGAUAUGAAAGAUAUGGAACAAUAUGGUUUUACUUAAAGAGGACUCUAACCUGUAAAUCAAAGAUGAAAGAUUUCACUCAAGUAGAAUUAUGUAACUCCCUUUUGUUUUACAGUCAGACCAUAUUUUUCAUGCAUUUGGUUUUUUUAGGAUUACAAUUUUUUAAAGACUUUUAUUACAUGUACAAAAAUGACUCAAUACUUGUUUUAACAUCUUAGAAAUCUGAGAUAACUUUUAAAAUAGGAAAUCUGAAAUGGAAUGUAACUCAGUAUUAGGUAAACAUCACUUUUAUUGCAUAAGGGUGAGGUCAAUCUAGAUUCACAAUUGUAAUGAAUUUUUUGUAAAAAAAUUCACAUUUUCAGAGAAAUUCAUGCCAAUUAUAUUUGCUUGCUCUUGCUGUUUUGCUUUAAUUGCUUAAGGAGAUUCUAAGAAAACCAGAUAAUGGAGCCAAAAGUUUAAAACAGACUUCCCCCUUUAAAAAGAAAGUGAUAUCAUAUUUUAAUUGGAAACAUAAUUAUGACUUGUAAAAAUCAACUUCAUAAUUACAAAUCUCUAUUAUUACUCUCAAUCCUUCCAGAUAUUUUUUAGAUGUUGUUGAUGUUGAAUAAGAAAAUGAAACAGUAUAGUGCAAACAUACUAAUUUAUUGAAGUUUCCUAUAAUAGUUUUGCCACGUACAUAUGCACAACCAUGAGUUUGAUAAAUCCAGAUCACUAGGACAUCUCCAUGGUUAUCUGGAUUUAAAACAUGGCAUUGUUGAGUUAAUCACACAUCCUCCCAUAUGACAGUGUACCCAAUUGGUUGCAGUUAGAGUCUAGGAUACACGGAGAGGCAGAUAAACAGAUAAACCAUGGAGAGGAUUAAUCACAGCUGAGUGUAGUUGUAAGAACAGAAUGCCAGUGCUUUUUGAUUAUACCAUUACAAAAUGUAGUAUAGCCCUCAGGGACAGAAUGGAGGCUUUUGGAGAAUAUCAACACUUCUUUUGAAAUACACCAGCACUUUUUGAAAGGGUAGCUUCAGUUGAUAUAGUUAUUUUCUUACACAUUGAAUUUUUAUUGGUCACAAAAGUUCCUAGUUAAGGGCUGUUAGAACUCCUCUCUAAGCAUUAUCAAUAAUAUAUCUCUUUCUGAUCCAUACUUUGAAGGAUAAUCACAUAGAUUAUAGAUUGCUCACAAUCUCAUAAUAACUCAUACAUGAUGAAAAAGUAAUGAUUUUUGAGAAAUCUAUUAAUAAACAAUGCUAGGAGUUUAAUAAGAUUUGGUAAUAGAUACAAAAAGAAAGUUUAAUAAAAUUAAUUUUCUCAAUUAUAUAGUACAAACUGGGGUUGUAUAUUAAAUUCAUAAAGUCUUAUUAGAUAAUAAGUAUAAUGGACCUCAAGUGGUAAUAGAAGCUAUUUAAUCAUAGCUCAUUAAAUGGGAAGAACAUUUUGAGAUGAACUCUUUUAACAAAUUUACAUCAAUAAUAGAGAUAGAAGUCAGCUUGUGGAGAAAACAGAUACAUAUGAAAAAUGACUACAAGUAGCAUUUUCAUUACCAAUCAUAGGAACUGAAAUCUUGCCUUCACUUUUGACUGUCACCUUUUGCAAAACUUCCAUACUUUUCUCACUGGCAGCAUGGUAGAUUUGAAAGGAGGACAUCUCCUCACACAUUUUCAGAAACUAAGGGCUGGCCUCUGCUAACAAUUCAGUGCUUCCUUAUUUCUGAAGGUCAUUCACAAAGCUUUGCAGAUUUACUGGGUUUCUUUACAGACUCCAUAUGGAAGUAAAAUAGAAUGAUGAUGUGGAAACUAUUCUGAGAGAAAAUUCCUCUUCUCAGUCAUCACUUUUAUACUUAUUUUUUUUCCAGCAUUUAUGUGUAGGUCAAUUUGUUUAAACAACUCUUACUAUUUAUCUUUUGAAAGUUUACUCUCAAUUUGUCUCAAUGAAAGUAUUAAAUGUCUAAUAGUCACAAAACAAAGCCAAAGGUUUCUGUCCUAAAAGUAAUUUAUUCUGAGCUUGGAAUACUCAAAAUCUGUCAGAGUUUGACAUCAUUUCUAGCAUUAUCUAUCCUAACAUUCCUUUCCUGAUCAGGAAUGAAAUCACUUAACUUGCUGAGCAAAUAAGAAAGAAGAGAAGUAGGAAACAACACACCUUUUCAACUAUUGCACAAAUAGGGCAUUUCACCUCCAAAAAGAAUGAAAACCAGAUGAUCGAAGCUCAGAAAUGAAGGCAUUUUAUUGUCUUUAAAACCAAUCAUCAACAAAGUAAUGAUCAUCAUCAAAUAUUUCUUGUGUUCCCUGAGGACACAAUUAUAAUUUGGUCUCUAGCAGAAUUUUAUACUGUUUACUGCCUCUUGAAUGAAGUAUUAUGAAUAGUACAUCACCAUCAUCAACACCACCACUAACAUAUGUAAGUGCCACUGUGUGCCUUCUUUUCCUGGUCAUAUUUACAUUGAAAAUCAUAGUUCUUGCCUCCUAACAGCCUGCUUUUACUACAUCAAAUGCUUCACGAAGCACAACAUGAUUGUCAUAUGGCCCGAGUGUAAAUUUUUUACAUGAACAAGGCACGUUCUCGUUGGACUAUAGAAUUUGGUUUCUCCUAAUCAACUGCAGUCCAGUUUUUCUAUGAUAUAUGUAGCUGGUUUUAUAUAAUGGUUUGUGCAACAGCCGAGUCAGUUAUUAACAUGUUAGAUAUAGCUGGGUGGAGCAAUUGAACCUGAGACUAUAGAUCUGGGGCUGUUUGGACUUGAUCUUAAAGACAGAAUAAUAGGGUUGUAACGAUUUCUCAAACUGGAACAUUUAGCAAAUACAUAGUUCACAGAAAAGUGUCAAUCUUUCUAACCAAAAAUUUACUUUCCACUCUUCCCCUGUCCAAUUGCCAAUACCAAAUUGCUCUAUCUAAAUUGUCAGAAUAAUUUCUUCAAUCUCUGCUUUAUGUUUCUUAAGUAGAAAUAACCAUAACAGCUUAUUUUAUGACACAUCACUAGAUCUACUUUCUUUCAUGCUGUUUUAUAUCAACACUGGUAGAUACUCUUCAUCUUCCUUUUCAAAAACCUUAGCCAUUUUACUAAUCUUAAAAGAUAGAUUAUGUUAUUGUGUUUUGGUCUGAAUCUUUGGACUCGGCACUUUGUCUUAAUAAUACAGAAUGAUUCUUUCUCUCUCAUAUGCAGUUUUCCACCAGUCUUGCUACUACCUAAUUGUGUUGUGCCAACUGCCACAUAGAGAAGAUUGUAUAUGUCCUUUUCUUGCCCUUUGGAUGAUGUCCCUAUGAGUCAAACUCACAAACAUAAACUCUAGCAUGAGGAAAAUAUGGCGAAAGAGAAAUUUUACAAUAGUAUAAUUUGGAAGUAAGGUAUUUCCAGACUAUUUGAAGAAAAUUGGAGUUUUCUGUUUUCUGUUUGGGCCUUAGGCACAUUAGAGGCAAAUGUUGCAACAUCGAAUAAACUAUGGAGGGACAAGUGUUCUGCUGGCAUGUUGUGGUCAUAUCCUCCAGGCUUCAUUGUGGUGCCCAUUUUUGUAGUGGGCAUUUUAUGACCAUUGAUAGAGAUCUUGCAGCAGUUUCUGACUAUUGCUUUUAUUUAAAAUUGAGUAGAAACGGAUUAGCGGAAAAACAGGAAUUAUAAAAUAUGAGGAGACAUGGCACUUCCUUGGGCAUGCAAAGAUUGUUUUUAUGUAAAAAUCUCCAUAUGCUCCAUAUGCCCUUCCUAAAUUGUAAUAUCCUCAAACUCUUGUUGCAUAAGCAAUGUCAGUGUCCAUCUCCACAACAGCUGAGUACAUGGAAUCUCCCUUCCACUGGUUGCUGGGCACACCAAGGAGGCUGUUAAAAAUGAGUGACCAUUUUGUAGAUCAUUGUCUCAGCAGUUUGUGUCACUUGAAAGCAAAUAUCCUGAUAUUUUUAAGUAAGGAAGGCAGGGCAAGCGGAAAACUGGUAUUUAUUACCUCUGUGAUUAAACUCUCUAGACCCGGCUUGUUGAUAUGUAUGCCAGUGCUCUGGAGAUUCUGGCUUAGCAUAAAAUUAAAAUGUCUUUCCUACUGUGGUCUGAUAUCUGUUUCUGUAAUAAGAUCAGUUUGUUGUCCUCUGUGCACCAGUGGUUUUGCCCUUAAUUUUUUUGGCUAGCAAUCACCAAAAACUGUCGCUCAGAGCUGCUGAGAAAAAUACAUGUGGCCAAACUUCUUUUCUUAAAAUUGUGCUGCAGUGAUGUUUUCCCAGAUGUGAAAAAUAAUUAUCUAAUAAAGGAUUAAUAUCUAAUAACGAUAUCAUUCUUACAAAUGCUCAUGGAAUGUUUACCUUCUUUCUGAUUCCUUUUUGUACUUGAAAAUACUGAAUGGAAAAUCCAGCGGUGUGCUCCAAUUAUUGUUUAUGUUGUUAAUGUCAUGAUUCUCCUUCAAAGAGGAUUUAAAAAUCCCUUUUUGGCUUGUUUUCUACUGAAUUAGA